AUGGCUUGUGUUGUCGGGUCGGCACCUCUAGCAGAUGUUGGGCAGAGAUGGGAGAUUCGACGGCGCCCCUUCAAGAUGCUGGCGACGACUGAUGUUGCUGGCCGUCUCAAUCAGGGCGGCGCAUCAGGAUAUGGUGGCGGACAGCCAUGCCCGGCAACGGCUCCAGUUGGGCUGCCAGCCGCUGUGGCUGUUACUGUUAGUGAUGGCUGGGCGCGGUAA